AUGGUGUCAUGGCGCGGCGUCCUCGCGAUGCUUGUAUUCUCGUGCAUGUUCAUCUCGAAUGUGUAUGGCGGAAAGGAUCUCUAUGACGUCCUCGGCAUCAAGCGGGACGCGUCGGCUCCUGAUAUCAAGAGGGCUUUCCGAAAACUGUCGCUCAAGUUGCAUCCUGACAAGAACCCAGGCGACGAAGACGCGGCCCAGAAAUUUGCCGAAGUCGCGAGCGCAUACGAGGUGUUGUCGGAUGAAUCCAAGCGAAAGAAGUACGACAUGUAUGGUGAAGAUGGACUCAAGGACAAUGGCGGUGGCGGCGGUCAUGAUCCGUUCGAUGUGUUCUCGCAAUUUUUUGGUGGAGGUCGCCAGCGCCAUCCCCAGGAACCUUCCCGCGGCAACGACGUCACGAUUCCUCUGCGCGUAUCCCUCGCCGACUUGUACAAUGGAAAGAACGUGCCGUUCACCGUGCGUCGCAAAACAGUGUGCCACCACUGCCAUGGCCACGGCGCGGCCAACUCGGACGACAUCCACACGUGCAAUGAAUGCGGCGGCCACGGCGUCAAGCUCGAAACCCGGCGCGUCGGGCCCGGCUUCAUCCAGCAGUUCCAAACCCAGUGCACCAAAUGCGGUGGAAAGGGCAAGGUCGUGACGAGCACGUGUCCAGUCUGCGGCGGGUCCAAGACCGUCUUUGCCGACGUUGAAUUGGAUCUCGAGAUUGAAAAAGGGAUGCCCGAUGGCCACGAGAUUGAGUUUGAGCACGCUGCCGACGAACACGCCGACCGCGCUGCGGGCCACCUGCGCUUCCGCCUGACCACGGCGCCGCAUGACAUGUUUUCGCGGGACGGCGACGAUCUGUACAUGGACAUGUCGAUCUCGCUGCGAGAGGCCCUUGUCGGGUUCUCGAAGACAUUUGUCCAUCUAGACGGGCGCACGGUCGAAGUGAGCCGACGGAACGACAUCACCGAGCCGAGCCAGGUCGUGACGCUGGCGCGGGAAGGGAUGCCGCGCCACCAAAUGGCGUCCGAGCGAGGCAACCUCCACAUCAAGUUCAAUGUGAUCUUUCCCGACGCGCUGACGCCGGACCAGCAACGUGGUUUCCGCGAAUUGUUUCAAUGA